CAGUUUUUACUAAAAGGAAAGAAGUUCUCGAGGCCGAAAGCUUCGCUCUUCAAUUAGUCUUUCGGACGCCGCCGACGAGGAAAGCACAGAACAGGGCCCGGAGAGAACUCGGCGACGAGGAAGUGCAUUCGUCAUGGCAAAGAACCUGGAAGAUACUUUAAAUGAUUUGAACGGCGAACUAAUCAACUUUGACAAAGACCGGAAGACGUUUACAGCGCACUACAACGAGCUGAGGAACCAGCUCUACUCCCUGUGGAAGCGCGACGAGAAGCUGAGCAAGCUGCUCAAGGGAUUCACCUUGGGAGGAAGCUAUGGCGACAACCUGAAGGUGUCGAAGCCGGACGAGUUUGACUUGCUGAUUCACUUGGAGUUCCCCGAGAAUAAAGGGAUCAUUGUGAAGCCGGAUCCCCGUAGGCCAGGGAACGUAACGCUGGACAUGACGAAGGUAAUGGAGGCCAUCAGGGAUAGUGAACAUCACAGGCCCAUCUACGAGCAGCUCCAAAAGUUGGUUAACGGGAAGAACAUGCUCCUGGAGGACAGGCUGCAGAACUGGCUGCAGGGCCUGAUGAUCCAGGCGCUAAACAAAAUUGGCAACCAGAUCGAGGUGAACAAAACGAUCUCCAAGCUGACGUACAAGAAGUGCGGGCCUGCACACACCAUCUUCGUGACAGGGCCCUACAAGUACUCCGUGGAUUUUGUGCCAGGCAUCAAGCUGGUAGCCGCGCAGAGCGUCCUUGCUGGAGAUCAGAAGAAGCACUUUGGCAACUCCACGCACUGGGAUGCGAUUCCCAAGCCCCUGAAGCCUCCUCAGCCCGAGAACAACUCCUUCCGGGCCUCCUUCUACGCCGCCGAACACGAACUGCUCAAGGACAAGGCCAACCUGAAGAAUGCCGUGCGUCUCCUGAAGAAGUUCCGCGACGCGAAGCAGAACCUGAGCAAUCUGAAGAGCUACUACAUCAAGACAGUCUUCCUCUGGGAGGUCACUAAGCGGGAUCCCCGCUACUGGCAGAGCCCCCUCCAUGAGAUCUUUAUUGAGAUGAUGAGCAAGUUGGCCAAUGCCCUGAAGCUGACUCCGGGCAAGGGUAAGCUCCAGUUCUUCUGGGACCCCAAACUGGACAUGAUCGCCGAUCUGAGCUCCAACCAACGCGCGGAAAUGUUCAACUGUGUAGUGAAGAGCUUGUACCGUUUCCACAGGGCCGAAGGCAACUUCACGGAUGACAUAAAGAACAACAUGCGCAGCUCCUUCAGUAACCGCGAGGAACGGGGCAUUGAAAAAAAGCCUGCCAAGCCGACGGCCAAUGCCAACACCCAGUUGUGCGAAAAGAAUAAUGUGGCAACCCAGUGCCAAAGCAACCCAGCGGACCUUCCCGUUUCGAAUUCCGCAACUCAAAUAGAUAUUGUAACGCCCAAUCGUGAGUUGGGUACCAAAGAGAAGGCAAGCCCUCCGGCGAGCGAAGGAAACCCCAAGCCGAAGCCGAACGGAUCCCUGUUGAAGCCAGAGCCAGACGUCCAACAGAAUCCAAUGCCAAUGAUGAAUACCCAGUUGUGCGAAAAGCAUAAUGUGGCAACACAGUGCCAAAGCAACCCAGAGGACCUUCCCGUUUCGAAUUCCGCAACUCAAAUAGAUAUUGUAACGCCCAAUCGUGAGUUGGGUACCAAAGAGAAGGCAAGCCCUCCGGCGAGCGAAGGAAACCCCAAGCCGAAGCCGAACGGAUCCCUGUUGAAGCCAGAGCCAGACGUCCAACAGAAUCCAAUGCCAAUGAUGAAUACCCAGUUGUGCGAAAAGCAUAAUGUGGCAACACAGUGCCAAAGCAACCCAGAGGACCUUCCCGUUUCGAAUUCCGCAACUCAAAUAGAUAUUGUAACGCCCAAUCGUGAGUUGGGUACCAAAGAGAAGGCAAGCCCUCCGGCGAGCGAAGGAAACCCCAAGCCGAAGCCGAACGGAUCCCUGUUGAAGCCAGAGCCAGACGUCCAACAGAAUCCAAUGCCAAUGAUGAAUACCCAGUUGUGCGAAAAGCAUAAUGUGGCAACACAGUGCCAAAGCAACCCAGAGGACCUUCCCGUUUCGAAUUCCGCAACUCAAAUAGAUAUUGUAACGCCCAAUCGUGAGUUGGGUACCAAAGAGAAGGCAAGCCCUCCGGCGAGCGAAGGAAACCCCAAGCCGAAGCCGAACGGAUCCCUGUUGAAGCCAGAGCCAGACGUCCAACAGAAUCCAAUGCCAAUGAUGAAUACCCAGUUGUGCGAAAAGCAUAAUGUGGCAACACAGUGCCAAAGCAACCCAGAGGACCUUCCCGUUUCGAAUUCCGCAACUCAAAUAGAUAUUGUAACGCCCAAUCGUGAGUUGGGUACCAAUGAGAAGGCAAGCCCUCCGGCGAGCGAAGGAAACCCCAAGCCGAAGCCGAACGGAUCCCUGUUGAAGCCAGAGCCAGACGUCCAACAGAAUCCAAUGCCAAUGAUGAAUACCCAGUUGUGCGAAAAGCAUAAUGUGGCAACACAGUGCCAAAGCAACCCAGAGGACCUUCCCGUUUCGAAUUCCGCAACUCAAAUAGAUAUUGUAACGCCCAAUCGUGAGUUGGGUACCAAAGAGAAGGCAAGCCCUCCGGCGAGCGAAGGAAACCCCAAGCCGAAGCCGAACGGAUCCCUGUUGAAGCCAGAGCCAGACGUCCAACAGAAUCCAAUGCCAAUGAUGAAUACCAAAGAUAGCCAGCCGAAGCAUAGUCUAAACUCUCAGAUAGGCGAGAAGAAAACUGGGGAAACCCAGAGCCAAGGCAAUCCUAGCCCAAAGCCGAAGACGAACGGAUCGCUGCCGGGCAGUGCAUCCAAUACGAAGCUAGAUCCAGAAGUCAAACAAAAGUCACUGCCAAAGAUUGGCUCCCAGCUGAAUCCCAGGCGCAGCUAUCUAUUCCAGAGCCAAGGCAAGCUCAAGCCGAAGGAAAAUCCUGCUACGAAUUCUGCAGUGGAGAAUGCAGCUGCAACGCCCAAUACCCAGGAGGGUGCCAAAAAAGAGACAUGCGAAGGAAACCCCAAGUCAAAGGCGAGGGGAUCCUUGCCGGGCUCUGCAUCGAAGACGAAGCUGAAGCCGGACGUCAAAGUGUCAUCAAACUGCAUCGUGAACUAACCAAGGAUAUGGAGGAGCAGAUCGAGGCGGGUAAGAGUUGAAAGAGUUUUAUUAACAGCAAAAUGAAAAGAAGUUCGAUCUUCGAUCUUAAACCUAAAACGUUUCCCUAGAAGGUGGUGACAGACAGGACUGGAGACUUUCGUCGCUGUCGUCGUUAAGUCGCGCGCUUACAAGCCGCCGCCAGAGCGAUCCACGCUGAUCUUCUGCUUGAGAUUGGCAGCCUCGUGCUUCUGUUCCUCCAGCUCGGCCAUACGGGCAAACCGGGAGUAGGCCACAUCGCCCGUCUUGAUCGCGGACAUCAUCUGCAGCAUUCAAAUAGAGUUUCCACGUAAGAAUUCAAUAAAUUAUCGAAACAGA